CUUUACGUUAUUCUUGUAAAGAAAAAAAAAGUCAUUCGUCAAUAUUUCUCUCUUUUUGUACUAAAAGAAAGAAAUGUCUAUCCAGAGUAAUGCUCCAUUAACAGAGUAUUUUGAUGCGUUGAAUAAUAUCACAUUUUCCAUCCACCACAAAAAUAGCACCACUUACAUUUCACCGCAAAAUGUGGGCAAUUUAACCGAACUCAAGGUCGGCGUGCUCCUUCCUUUCCAUCAACAUGAUAACAAUUGGACAAAGAUUAUCACAUUAAGUGGUGCUUCCGCCAUUCGCAUGGCGGUCGCUGAAAUCAAUGCGAAACGAUUGAUUCCUGGUGCUUAUAUCACUCUAGUGGAAAAAGACUCAUACCCCAAACCCGUCGAAGGCCAAGCAGCCAUCACCCAAGCCGUCUUUUCCGCCAUUUCGCUUAUACAGGAUGGUGUUAUUGGCGUCAUUGGCGAUGUAUCUUCGUCAUGGACAUCGCUCUCCGCCCUCAUGACAAGUACACUGCAAAUUCCACAAUGCUCCUUUUCCGCCAUUGCAAAUUCGUUAUCGGAUAAAACACAAUACGGCUACUUCUUUCGUACGAUUCCUACUAAUUUACUUUAUGCCGAUGCGGCUUUAUCAUUUAUCAUAAGCCAAGGCUGGCCCAUGCUCGGUGUAUUGUAUUCCAACGACGAUUUCGGCCAACAGCUCUCGGAAAACGCUAUUAUGAAGGCGCGCAUGAACGGUAUCAUCGUCAAAGCCUAUCAAUCAUUUUAUGACGACGGACCUACCAGUGAUGUAAAAUCUUCCAUCGAUACACUGAUGGGCACCGGGGUCAAAAUUGUGCUUGUGGCGGCCGAGGAAGAUGCACAGAUGACGGCCUUGACGGUGGCGGCUCACAGCGGUUACAUUGCCAACGAUACGGUCUGGAUCACCGUAGGCGAAAAUACAAGCCGACUUGUUUCGGCCGUCGAACGCUUUAAUGCGGUGUUACAUCGUCGCCUGGACAAUAAUGCCAAAAUCGUGCCUACAGUAACCAACGAUACACAAGACAAAAAAACUAUCGAUCCCAUUGAAUACGCGGCUCAGAUGACCAAUGACUUGACGCCUAUUCAUUACAACUCGACCUUUGCCGGAGGUGUAUUCAUGUUCAAAGCACGAAUGAAUUUACCAGGCUACCCACCUUAUGAUCAAUUUCUGGAAAAGUGGCUCAAACUCAAUCCUUCCUUAUAUCCCUACGGAGGUCAGCGUAACAUCAGCAGCAACGAAGGUUUAGCCUAUUCUUGUAUGAUGGUGAUGGCUCAAGGUUUCAAUCAAGUGUUACGGAACGCUUCUCAUCCAGACAGGGCCCUUGACGAACUAGCGGCAGGGAAAUUGGGAGAAUUCAUGACCCCGGCCACUUUUAAUACCAGCUUUGAAGGGCCCACCGGGCCUAUUGUGCUUGAUCAAAACGGAGAUACCAUGAACGGCAAUUUUCGAGUAUUUAACCUUCAAAACGGCUUCCAGGUCGAGAUUGGCAAUAUUCUUGCCGGCACCCUCAAUCUGACGGCAUUACCAAUGUUCCACGAUGGAACAACCAAGGCACCCACCGGCAUUCCAGCACUUACUUCACUUAAUCCAGGCUACAGUUCUCCCAUGUCGAUUGUCAUUCUUUGCAUUGCCUCUUUCGGGACUUUGGUUGCUCUAAUGACCAUGCUACUUGUCUUGUUUUACAGAAAACACGACGUGUUUAAAGCAUCGAGUCCCUUGUUUUGUGUCCUUGAACUGCUGGGGUUCUUGCUAGCUUAUGCUUCAGUGUUCUUCUUUACGGCCUUGCGAAAUCAGCUCAACUGUAUUAUGGUGCCAUUGACUUUUCAUUUAGGCUAUUCACUUAUUUUAGGCAAUUUGAUCGCGAAAAAUUACCGGAUUUAUCGUAUCUUUAAUAAUAUCUUUAUCACGCGAACGGUGGUGACCGAUUUCCAAUUAUUGAAAGUUUCCGGAGGCAUUCUGCUCGUUGAUGUGAUCAUACUUAUUGUUUGGCUCAGCCUCAGUAAGGUGCAGACCGUCAAUGUACCGGUAUCACGUACAGCGUAUUACGUGGGAUGCUCUUACACCGGCUCCUCGCAUACUGUGUUUGUUUCGCUGCUGACCGUUUUUGCUGCGGCCCAGCUCGCUUUUGCUACCUUUCUCGCCUUCAAAACACGCUCAGUUGGGAAAAAUUACUCAAAGUACAGCGAGUAUAAACAGAUUGGGUUGUCUGUAUAUAAUAUCUUCUUUUCAGCCUUGAUUGGAUUCAUCAUUUUUUUCAUGCCUACCAGCGAUUACUAUACACGCCAUUACUUGACGGCGAUGAUGAUUGUGUGGGCCACCACAUUUUCACUGUUGGCGUUAUUUGUUCCCAAAUUACAUCAAUUCUUCUUUCCUUCCGAUUCCAACAAGGCGUCAGGCAAAGCAUCCGAUCUUUCAGGCCGUCGACGUUCAGAUCACAUCAACAAAAUGGAUUCUCAAGCACAAAAAGAAACCUAUGGCGAGCUCAUUAGCCUGAACCGGAUGCUGUCUUCGCCUAAUCCUCUGGGCAAUAACGUUCAUCCACAUCAAGCCGAAGCCCAGGGGGUGAUGUUGGAAGCGCAUGAAGCGCAGAUGCCAGUCCAGCUCGUUUUUAAAUAUUUCCCUUACAUGGCAGCAUGGGACAUGAAGCAGAUUGUGCUCAUGCCUGGGAUCAAAUAUUUCAGUUACUUUUCCGAACGAACGCACAAAGGCAGUGUAUUUGGUUACUCUCGGGCGUCGAUCGCAUCAUGUGUUCCGGAAGCGUACGUUCUCAAAGUCCAUGGUCUUGGAUUAUCGGAUAUCCUGAUUCAAGUGGCCAAUGCCUCCGACUUGGAACAGUGGCACAUCUGGUUCAAUGAUGCUCAUGGUGGUGGAUCGUCUUGCGACGAUAUUUCAGGGCAAACAUGCGCUACCGGGUCUCAGCAGCUUGGCCAUCACGACAAGGGUAAUCACGGACUGGAUGCCGCCGCCAAACUAUCAGACAGCGGCAUCACUUCAAGGCAUCUACUGGAUCGACGUGAAAGCGGAAUGACGAUAGGCACCCUAGAUACGUUUUUGGUGCAAGAUGCAGAAGAACCACGUAAAUCGGAUCCGAACCCUUUCAUUUCAUUACCGCCCGCCGCAUCGCUUUCGCGACGACGAAGUUCAGACCGAAGGUUAUCGUCUUUCCAAUCAUGGUUUGCCGCUAUUGUUCACGAUCCAUCGUCCGAUGAAAAUUCUAAUCAUCUCAACCCCGAGUCCGAAGCCACCAUUGUCAACGACAGCGAUAUCAUGAUGAACCCGCUUCGUCGUCGUUCAUAGUACCUUCUUCCCUGAAAGAGUAUUCUCUUUCUUUCUAUUAUUUUUGUAUACAUACUAUCUAAAUGCAACUAUCCAGCGUUUUAAAUUAGAUAAAUCAAGCUGUGCAACUCAUGUGUUCUAUGCUCUAUGUAACUUGAGGCGGUUUUUGCGGCACUGCCUACGAUCAUGCGUGAUAUGGAUCGCUUCGUCAAGAUCUUCUGUAGUAGUAGUAGUUGAUGCGUGUCAAUGGCUAUGCAAACAAAUGGUCCUGAUCGUCGUGGUUAUCUUUACUGCCUGAAAAGUACGUGACGGAGAAACCUUCGCAUUCACCGCAGUAACUGUUGGUGACUGAACAAGAGUGUAUGAUGCAUCAUUGUCGAAAGUUGAGCCGAAG